GUCCUGGCCAUUUUGCAACACGAGGAGCUGCGAUGGCACCGCCGGCGCAAGUGACGCUGCCGCUCCCGACCAACUUCUUUCACACCAAGGCGCUGGAUGCAAGGACACAGCAGAGCCUGCUGCACGCGGCGCAAACGUGCGGCGCGCACCUCGUCCGGAAUGCGUACGCGAUGGACGACCACGUCGUGUACGCCAUGCACACCAACACAACGUCGCAGCGCCGCAUGAAAAUGACGCUCGGCAAGGACACUGUCGACCCGACGAUCAUGUGCAUGAUCGGUCACACCCAGUUCCAUGCCACACUCGACGACAUUUCUGCUUUCUUCCGACGAGAGUCGCUCAGUCACGCGUGCCACGACGGCCUCGUCCUCGAUUCGCACACCCUGUACACACUCGCAACAUCCACGAAGGACGACCCGUUGCGGUAUACAGGCGUCCACUGGACCGCCUUCAAGCUGCCGUCGCCGUCCAAUGCGUCCCGCGACUUCUGCUACCUUGAGCACCACAGCGAGUUUACAGACCCCAAGACGUCCAAGCGCGGGUGGCUGCGCGUCCUCCACUCUGUCGACGUACCGGCGUGUCCGUCGCUGCUGGCCCCAUGUGGCCUCCACCGCUCGCAAUGGUUUCGGUCCGGCCAUGUCUUUAUCGAGAGCGGGAGCGGCCUCGUCGACUGCUACGCGGUGUUGUCCCUGUCCGGCGACGCGAGUCAGAGCAGCGCGCAGAUGAGUUUCAUGCGCAAGUGGAUCACUCAAGUCAUGAUCGUUCCCAACUUGUUCCUCUCGCGUCGGCUCGCGUCGUCGCCGCUUGUCUCGGACGACGAGUUGCGCCCCAAGGAUUCGGUCAAGGUGUGCAUGGUGUGCACGGGCCGCUUCAACUUGUUCAACCAAAAGCAUCACUGUCGAUUGUGCGGCCACGUGGUGUGCAGCAGCUGCCACAUCACGUGGAAAACCCACAAAGACAAAGUUCGGAUCUGCGUCAAGUGCGCAGAGAGCGGCGGCGGGACGUCGAUGCGGGAGUCGGUCUCGGGCACUUGGAACAGCAGCGUAGCGUCCCGCGGGGGACACCAGCGGCCACCGCCGGUCAAAGAGCAAGCCGAUGCCCACUGGCAGCGUGCGAGCUUCUCGUCGGACACCGUCUCGAUCACGACCAAGUCGGGAUGGUCCGAUGACGUUGUCCACCUUGACUGCCUCUCCUUGAGCGCGGCAUCGACGGAAUGGGACCACCCGAUCAAACCCGUCGCCAACUACGACCACUUGUUUGACUUUUCCGUCCUCCGCGCGCCGUCCACGUCGAGCCCGUCCAAGAUCGUCUUGUAUGCUGAGCCGCCGGAAGCAUCGCGCCAAGCCGCGACAUCGUCGAGGAAGACGCUGUACAACAUCGACUUGUUGGCGGACGUGCCAAAGCCCCUCACGACGCACCACGGCCCCCCAAAGCCCAUGGAGACGCCGCCGAUCGACAUGGCGUCGCUCUCUAUCGUGGACGCGAGUGUCCUCAAGAACUCGCACGUGGACGAUGCACGUCGGCCAUCGACCGACACGAACGUCGCCCUCCACGAACUCCUCGAGCAAAUGUACGAUGGCAAGUGCGCGAUCGUGCAGAGCCUGUACCGGGAUCUUGUCGCACAAUCGAGUGCGACGUAAUGCUAGUUCGAACGUCGUUGUCGCCCAUGUGUCGUUGGAAAAGUUUGCCGCAUGCCAGAGGCCACACGUGGUGCCGCCUGAGUGCAGCUACGGCAAUGGCACCAGGGCUCUUCGUCGCUUCUCCAUGCAAUGCUCCCGCCAGCAUGAAGGAGAUGCGCCAAAGUGUGCGGGUCGAAUGCUCGGUCAGUGGCGCAGCCGCACAUCACAGUUCCGACGAGCCUGGCGACGUUGGACUUUGACCGAGGGUUCUAUAUGGCCAAGAGCAGCGAGAACGCGAGAAGGUAGGG